GCACAAGAAUGACAUUACUUGAAUACAGCUACAAAAGUAUGAAAUGACAUAACAAUUACCAUGGUGAAGAACUACAAGUGCAGCCUCAGACUGGUCCACGACACUGCCUUGUACGCGUCAGGAGGAAGAUUGCGUAAAGUGGUAACCGCCACUGCAUGGAGCUACAUGGAGGAACUCAGGAAGGCGGGUAGAAGUACUCACGAGUUGGAAGGCAUGCGUUCGUCAUGGCAGUUGCAGGAGCGGAGACCGAGGAUGAUCGUGUUUCACGUCGAUAUGCGCUUCAUCAAGAACCUCGGCGAAUCUUGUACAGGGACAAGAAUUUCAGGCGAUGCGUACUGCCCCGAAUCAUGCUGCGUCAAAGGCGGUCUAUGGACGCGGUCGAAUGAUAGCUGCGGAGAAACAUCUCCCUCUCAAUCUGUGCCAUUCGUCAUCAUUUCAGUCGAAGGAGUAGAAACGAACGAUGAGCUCACGAAAGAAACAUGUAUUGAGCCGAAUUUCUCACGGGUUGCCAGUAGGAACGUGUUCGACAUGUCUAACAGAAAACAUUUUGUGGAUACCUGCUGUUCGAUGUGUCUCCUCGUGCUCGACAUGUUGAGAAGAAUGUUGAUCCUCGCAGCUCAGAUUAACUCAGAUGGCCGACAUAACGCAUUCAAUGCGACUCUGUUGAUAUCAAGACUGAGGAGACCGCGCCGUGACAUAGGGAAUGCUGGAUUCGAUGGUAUCCGGUCCAAUAAAAAUUCUGUUUACCUGGGCUAG